AUGCCUUAGAGCGAAACAUCGGUACAACAAAUGCAGCGAAGUGCGGGCAAAGGUACUGCUUCAUGCAAAUAUACAUUCCACGCUGCUUACAGUAAAAGGGAGGCCAUUCAGGGUUGAAGGUAUGACAUUUCCUGCUUGAGAGGGGAGUGGUGGGGAGGGGUGGAAAACAAGUCAGGGAGUCGGCAAAAUUGAAUCCCAGUCGGCAAAUUGUUUUCGUAGUCAGCAAAACAUGAAUUGGAUAGAAAGGAAAAGAACUAAAAUAUAUGAGUUACACCGAUUGAAAACUAAUAAUUAUAGCAAACAUUCUGAGAAAUUUACGAAAAUAUUAAGGAAAAAUUAAUUGAAUAACGGUACGUUUAACCAAAAUAUUAAUUAGUGGUUGAGAGGACUCGGCAAAAUUACACUUUCACCCCCGACCCCUACUAAAAUAGGGCUACGACGCCCUUGUCAAUUUGCGCUAGGUGGGAUUUCAGUCAAAUAGGAUAAACAUUUUCCAUAUGAACACUUCAUCCCACCUGACCGACAAUGCAAACAAAAUUGCAUUAAUUGUUUUUGUUUGUGGAAACACCACGUAAAUUUAUUACUGCACAAAAAUUGUAUUAUCUCUACGACGUUUACAGUUAAAGCUUCUAGUAUUUCUGUUUCAGUUCAUGCUCGCAAUUUUAGAUUUCAAAAAUUUGAAGUGUAACAAUAACAGUUUAGUGUUUAUAUAGAAUGCAUUGUGUACCUCAUUAACAAAUCGAUCUGAAUCAAUCUGGGACACAUCUAUAUAAUUUAAUGAUGUUCAACAUGUAUUAGUACAGAAUAUUAAAUAUUUUCCACAUUUUCUUUAUCAAUAAAAUGGCAGCCGUGUCAUGGCUGAAAUUUCAAAAAUCGCCAAUUCUUAAAGCCUGUCUACACGAUAGAUUAAUCAUGUAUAUUCAUGCCAUUUUCAUUCUAGAGUGACACCACAAUUCUAUCCCAUAAGUCGUAACCUACGGACUGACAUGAAGAACGAACGCAGGCUCACCGGGAGUGAUAUCACAUCAUUGAACAAGGAUCAACCGUUGGGAGAUAUGGACAUGGUCGGAGCGAUUACGAAAUCUAGGUGUGUCUUUUAAAAUAUACUAUAGUAAUGUAGUUUUUUACGUUUCUCUCCUAGCCAUGUCGAAGGCCAAUGUCUCCAAUGUGAGCAUAUGUGCAGAGCAAAGUUCAAGGCCUAUAGAUCCGCCAGUGAGCGAUCUUGACUUAGAUAGCACUAUUGAUGAAAGUUUUGAUCAAAGUGCAGUGAACCGCGCGAUUUUAAUGAGUUUGAAUCGCUUAAAGGGAAAUGGCAAUAUAUUUUUUUAUUUUCUCAUAUGAAAGAACUUUUGAAACUAUUUAAUAACUUCUCUUACCGAUUCUUCAUAUCUUGCUUAGUUCUUGAAAUAUUUUCACUUGAAGUAAUGAGAUGUCAGCCAUCUUGGAUAAAAUUUUGAUCUCAUUAACGGUAGUUUUGGUGACGUCACAACAGGGAUUAACCAUAUAAAAGUAUUCGUUACUGACCAAAUAUUGAUUGGUAGAUGUUUUAAACGUUUCAAGUGAUCUUGAUAUUUCCAGGAGCAUACAGAGUAUAAUUUUGGGUGCAAAAUGAUUAGUGGUUGUCUAGAUAAAAAUAUUGCGUGACCCCUGUUGUGACGUAACAUGCAUAUCCACAAAAAUCCAAGAUGGCGGACAUUUCAUUUCUUUCGAUUAAAAUAUUUGUAGAAGUAAGCAAGAUAUGAAAAAACGGUAAAAGAUUUUUAUAUAUGGUUUUAAAUGUUCUUUCAAACGAGAAAAUAAAAAAAUAUAUUGCCAUUUCCCUUUAAACGAAAAUUUUACAAGCUUUACUGAGCAGUAUCAGGAAGAUGAUGUUGAAAUAGAUUCUCAGCCAAUUGACGACCAUGUUGAGAAUCUUGCAAAUGUCGAUAUUCAGGCGGACAUUGAUAGUUUAAUUCAGUCAGGCGGACAAGUUGACCGUGUUAGUGCCGACAUCACUAAUGACAAUGCAAAUGAAGCUGAAGUUUUGCAAUAUGAGAACAAUUAGAUCUUAACGUUGAUGUUAAAGGGCCAGCAAUUAGCCAGAAAAUUGGCGGUUUGGUUAAUAAAUUGCGACUUCAAAGAGUAAGCCAAGAUCAAGCUAAAGCGAUAGCCAAAUGUCAUAAUACACCCGAAAAUGUUCAAUUACGCCUGCCUAAAUGUGAACCAAGUAUUUGGAAUGAAAUUCCCGGCAAGGCACGCGUUACAGACAUUAAAUUCCAGUCAACACAAGCUGCAUUGUUAGGUUCUAUUAAUUGCCAGCUUGAAGCAACUAAUUCCUUGCUGUCGGCUAAUGUGUCCAAAGAUGUUCUAAACAGUUGUUUAGAUGGCAUCACACUGGCAAUGACUGCUAAUUAUGAGCUCAAUCAACGACGACGGGAUGCCAUCAGACCUCAAUUUAAAGCGGAAUUUGCCAAGGGGCUUUGUAGUACUAUAAGUCCAGCUGACGAAUUUCUUUUUGGAGGCGACACUGCUAAACGCGUUAAAGAGAUGGCCGAGUUCAACAAACACAAAGUGUGUAAAGGCUCGACCAGCUUUCGUGGACGAGGUGCGAGAUUUCACCCGUAUGCUAUGAGAGUUUUUCGAGGCGGUUCAAUGCGUGGUACGGUGGUAGAAGCCAGCGUGGCCACGGUUCUCAGCUUGAUUCUGGUUUUCAUCAGCGCCAGAAUUUUCAGAAUGUGCCCCAGUACGAGCGAAAGGCAAGCAACCAAAAGCCCACUCGCAACUG